AGUUUUCGACAUGUCCUCAUCUAAAGAGCAUCUGGCGGUACCUUCUCCCGGUCCGCCGCGGGUGCCCAAAUGUACCCGGUGCCGCCACCACGGGACCGUCGUGCCGCUCAAGGGCCACAGUGGGUCGUGUCCCUUCCGCGCGUGCGGAUGCUGGAAGUGCGGCCUCGUCACGCAGCGGACUCGCAUCACGGCGGUACAGCGGCGGAUGAAGAUCGCCCCCGAUGACCCCCGGGACAGAGAGAGGCGGCCCGACGCGCGCGCCGCGGCGACGCGUGCCACUCCGGCCCCGCGGGAGGACGCGCCUCUGUCGGCCACAUUUAGAAUGCAGUGUCCCGCCGCCCCGGGUGGAUGUCCCCCGGGGGCAGAGAGGUCCUCGCACAGCGGGCAGGUGGUGCCCUUCGCUUCCAGGGAGUUUGCGCCGCGAAUCAGUGCCCCUUUCCUUGGUGAAUUUGGUCCGGCCGCCCCUCUGCCUGUCCUCCACGUCCCCUGGAUGUCCGGUUACCCCGGCGACUACGUGCCGCGUCCAAACAUCCUGCUCAACGUGCCGGGGUUUCACCCCGUGCCCGCUGGGCUUUACAGCUACGGCCCCCGCGGGCCCCCGGCGUUCCUCCACUACCCGCCUCCACCGCGGCCUGGGGCCGCUGCUGUGAUCCUCUGUGCACGCCAGCCGCCCCGGGAGCCGCCGCCGCCGCCGCCUCCCUCCGAACACACUGAGCCAGACGUGGAAGUGGAUUAAAGCAGCCAGCUGGUUCACAGUUUGUUAUCGAAUCUGUUCGUUUUCCCCUUCUGUUUUGUACCGAUGACAGUUCUGUUCACACUGAUGGCAUAAAUGUUUCUGCACAGUUUGUUUGUGCAAUAUAUCGAUAUUAAAUAAGGCUUUGACAUUAAAAAAAUAAGUCCGUUAUGGUUCUUAUUUUGUAUGUGUUAUUUUACUCCACAAAGAAAAAUAAAAUAUCUUUUCAUAAA